GAAAAGUUUCCAUCUGUCGUAUCACGUGGUUAAUACCGGCAUACUGCAGUUGACAUCUCUCCAGUAAAUGGUAAACAUCAAGAUGAAAAUACUCUGUUUCCUAGCCGUUUUGGGGUUUGCAUUUGUAAAUGCAACAGAUUAUUUUACAGAGAAAUUUGAAGAUGGAUGGGAGAGCAGAUGGGUAGAAUCUACCCAUAAAGGCAGUGAUGCUGGCAAAUUUGUUUGGACUGCAGGAAAGUUUUAUGGAGAUGAGAACUUAGACAAAGGUAUACAGACAAGCCAGGAUGCCAAGUUUUACGCUCUGUCUGCAAAGUUUGAUAAAUUCAGCAAUGAGGGCAAAGACUUAGUUAUCCAGUUUACUGUCAAGCAUGAGCAAAAUAUUGACUGUGGUGGUGGCUAUGUUAAAGUUUUUGGAAGUGAUUUAAAGCAGACUGAUAUGCAUGGAGACUCUCCAUACAACAUUAUGUUUGGCCCAGACAUUUGCGGUCCAGGUACCAAGAAGGUGCAUGUGAUUUUUAACUACAAGGGAAAGAAUCUUCUCAUCAAGAAAGACAUCAGAUGCAAGGACGACGUUUUCACUCAUUUGUACACAUUGAUUGUACGAUCAGACAAUACAUAUGAAGUAAAGAUUGAUAACUCUAAGGUAGAAAGUGGUAAACUAGAAGAUGACUGGGACUUCCUACAGCCCAAAAAAAUCAAGGAUCCUGAAGCUAAGAAACCAGAAGAUUGGGAUGAUAAUGAGAAAAUUGAUGAUCCAGAUGAUACCAAACCAGAAGAUUGGGAUAAGCCAGAACACAUUCCUGACCCAGAUGCCAAGAAACCCGACGAUUGGGAUGAUGAAAUGGACGGUGAAUGGGAACCCCCAAUGAUUGAUAACCCAGAAUACAAGGGUGAAUGGAAACCAAAACAAAUUGAUAACCCAGCAUACAAAGGAAAAUGGAUUCACCCAGAAAUUGAUAACCCAGAUUAUGUUGCUGAUGAUCAGCUUUACAAAUAUGACGACAUUUCAAUCAUUGGUUUUGAUUUAUGGCAGGUAAAAUCUGGAACUAUUUUCGAUAACAUAAUUAUCACAGAUGAUGUUAAAGCAGCUGAAGAAUUUGGAAAUGAGACUUGGGGAGUUACAAAAGAUGCCGAGAAAAAAAUGAAGGAUAAACAAGAUGAAGAGGAGAGGAAAGCAAGAGAGGAAGAAGAAGCAAAAGCAAAGGAAGCUGGAGGUGAUGAUGAGGAGGCAGAUGAAGAUGAGGAAGAAGAAGAAGAAGAUGGUGAUCCCCAUGACGAGUUGUAACCAUACCCAUUAAAUUAGACCACACCCCCAUUUAACUCACUUCAUUAUUGAAUCAUUUAUCAACAGUCAUCGUCUGUGAGAUCAUGUUCUUAUUUGAUUGCAGCAUUUACUCAUGACACUAUCGGACACUUUCUAUUACAAUGUAGUUGAAGUGUAAAAAGCCAAUACAUUUACAUACAAAUUAUCAUACUUACAAAAAGAGUGAAUAAUUUAACUGACUCUCUCAUAGUUAGUACUCUAUAUAAAAUGGUUAACAAAAUAAGCACCAAAUGUAGUUAAGACUGUAUUUUAGGAACUUUUUAAAGCUGUCUUGUCACAAAUUCACUUUGAUAGUGAAUAGUUGUCGGGGACUAUUUGCACUGUGAUAAUGCAUGAAAAUCUUGUAUAACUAGCCAUAUUCUCGGGAAAUCAGUUGCAUCACAUGUUAACCAAAAAGUAUGCUUGUGAAUACAAUGUUAUUGUACAUUUGUGUAUAUUUAUGUUUAAGUACAGCAGCUGUUAUUGCAAGAUUAAUAGGAAGUUAUUUAGUUAACAAUUCAAGAAAUUGUUGUCUAGGUGACUAUAGGCAAUGUUCAGUAUCAGUUCACUUGCUCAAAAUGGCGAUCAGUAAUGUUUUAUUUUGAAAUUGUUAGUGAUUAAUUGUUUAUAUGGUAUAUAAAUGUGUAAAUGAAAUUGUUAUGAAUGUGGUUUUAUGUUGUUGCUUGUAGUUUUGUGUAAACAUGAACUGAUCUGAAUAUUGCUGUAUGUUUAACUAGUGUUUGUACUGUUUAAGGGAUAUGUUGGUAUUAUAACUUAAAUGGUAUAAAAUGUUUUAUAAAAAAUUAAAA